CCCCCCCACCCAAAUCCUUCACAUCGUCUCUCCCAUCCCAUCAGUCAAGUCUUCAUCAGCCCAUCACCAUCACCACUCGCAGCGCGUUCUCGGCGCCUCGUCGUCUCGCAUCGUCGUGUCGUCUCUGUCGCGUCGCGGCCGUGCACACACUGCUGUUGCUGCUGUCUGCGUAACUGCGUAACCUUUUCACCACACUCCCAUAUUUUCUUCCGCCCUGGCACGCAGAGUCGAGGUCUCCUCACCCAGCCACCCAGCGACCCAGCCCACGACAACCCGCCCACCCAGCCAGUUAGCCAGACCAGACCCAGCGGGCCGCUCCAGUCGCCGUCUCGUCUCGUCUUCCUUUCUACGACUACAUCUUCGUGUCGCUUGCAGCAGCUUGCAGCAGCGCUCUCGCUCCACGCCCGUGGCGUUGUGCGUCUUCGCCUUGCCUCGCCUCGCGCCCGCGCCAAUCCAUCCCACGACGCCCAACCCAGCAGUGCAUCUCGGCGCCACCCGUCGCCCAGAAGCCUAGUCUAGACACCCCCCAUCCCAUCACUUGACACCACUCUUAACCCCCCACGGUUGCGAUGCUUUUGGAAGACUGAGACGACCUCCGUCGACUAGUCGGCACCACACCUCUACAGCCUCCGGGUUACUAGAGGCAUUCCUACUCUGUGGCAGCAUUCUAGCCCCAUCGUCUUCAAUCUACUCGCUCGUAUCGCGUUCAAACCAACCCCAACCCCAUUAAGACUACUACUCUUCCUCUCUACCACCACAGUCUCCCCGUCACACAAUGACAUCCACACACCCUCUCACCCACUCGCCCGUGCCGCAGCCGGCAAAGAAGCUGCGCCCCUGUCUCUCGCCCACAAGGUUCGGUCGAUCCAUCACUGUGUGUGAGACCCAGAGCAUUCACGUGGCUAUCUCGACCUCGCGCUCGCCAUCGGUCGCCUCGACCUCAUCAAGCAUCUACACCGAGGCCUCUGAGGGCCUCGCGCGUCGCCCGUCCAAGAGCGUCCGCUGGAAGGGCGAGGACGGCACCUGUGACGUAUCGUCCUACUCGGAAACCUGGUCUGCUACCGAGUACGACCGCACGCCGCUUGCGCCUCCUUCGGAGGAAGAACGUGCUUGUGUCCUUCCUGCCCGUGGCUCGCGCUGUCUCUCGACAUUAUGGAACGGUGGCGAUGCCGACGACGCCGCCGAGGCCGACGAGGAAUCCGACGACGUCUACCAGCCCCCGUCGCCCUUUGCGACCCCCGAGGACUCGGACUCGGAUGCCGACUGCGAGGAAGGCGACGAGUGGUCCGAGUGCUUUGCUCGUCGCCAGAUGAUGUUUGCUCGCAUGUGCCCGCUCGGUCGCCAACCUCAGUUUGAGGGUUACCGCUCCCUGUCUCAGACCCUCACCGACCUGCUGCGCUCGGUCGGCGCCGACUCUUCGUCUGAAGAAGAGGACGCUGACGAGGUCGAGGGCGAGGACGACGCGGCGACCACCCCGCGUGUUGCCCACACCCCCGUCGGCGACAGCACCGAGGAGGAGGACGAGGACGAGUCUGAGCCAGAAGACCACGGCUUCCCGAUCACCGGCCUCACUGGCCUCACCGUCACAUCAGCCUCCUCAUUCCCCUUCACCGACCUGUUCCACCGUCUUCGCGAGAGUAGCGAAGACUCGGACGACCCGAUUGGCACGCCGUCGCUCAUCUCGUCUGCCGACAGCGACGGCGAGCACUCUCGCCUGGCGAGCCCCAGGGGCUCUGCCGUCGACUUCCUUCCCGGCGGCGCUGCCGUCUGGAAGGGCGUCUCGCCCGUGCGCGUCGAGCGCCAGCUCGCCCCCACGACCGACUUGUAGCAUAUCGCCCCCGCACUAUAAUCGGUAGCUGCUACGCCUCCCUCCCCUCGACUCGACGAGGUCUGGUACUUUGUCGUCCAUCCUCAUCGGUACACCACCUGUACCACCUUCACACACCCCCACACAUUUUCGCAUUCCAUCCUCCACAUUGCAUAUUGCAUGGUCCCAUGUUGUGUUCAAUAGCCAACCCGAUGACCCGUGAACGAGACCCGGCGAGAAAGACCACCCUGCAUGCAUGUUCCUACCCAGAG